CUUUCACCCGAUGACAUCCUCAAUAAUGACAUCCUCAAUAAUGACAUCCUCACUACUCAGCACUGCGACGAUGUUCGUGCCGCAAGCCUCUCCCAAUCUUAUUAGGCUGUUCAACGCGCCGGGAUGUCCGUUUUUUCGAGCUAGGGGAUACACGCAAAGUCACAGAGCACCUUGUGCGCGCAGCAACGACAGUCUACUGGACGUGCGGUUGCCACCGGACAGAAGGACAUAGCUGUGUGGCUAUCUUCGCUGAUCGCAUCUAUUCACAGCCUCAUCAAUCAUCUGAACCCCAUGACGAUC